AGAAUCUCCUCAUUACCAGUUCUAGCUCAAGCCUUGAGAGAGCUUGAAGACCUUCUUAUUCGUGAUAAGGAGGCGCUUACUCGCUCGGCUUCUGCCUCGAGUCAAGCGAAGAAGCGUGGCGGUGCGAGCACAAAAGAGCCCUACAACCGAACUCGUUACAGAGAGUAUGCUUCUGACCGCAAGGCUGCUUUCGCAGAUCUCUAUCAGUUUUGCUUCACACUUGCGAAGCCACCACAAGCACGAAACAUCGACUUAGAGACAGCUAUGGCGUUGUGGUCAGUACUCCUUGCUCCACGAUAUCCAAUCGUCAACGAUUUGAUCACCUUCUUGCCUGUGAAAGGCACAUAUAAAGGUGCAAACAAAGACAUUUGGAAUAUGGUCCACGAGUUCUGUCGCGUUGUGGACCCUUCCUUGUCUAAUUACGAGGCUGACGGGGCUUGGCCAUCAUUACUCGAUGAUUUCGUUGCAUGGAUGAAGAGCAAAACAGAUGAUGGCGCGGAGGCUGUUCCGGCUAAGGAUGAAUGGUAA